UGUUCAAUAUUGGCCCUAUUCUAGUUCAAAGUUCAAACCAAGGAAGACAACAGCAGCAGAAGAAGAAGCGAGCACAAAUGGCUUCCUCAAGCGCUCUUCGAGAGCUACAGCGCGAAUUGGAGACCAAGGCUAACGAUCUCAGCAAACUCCAAAAAGAUAUUGCGAAGAAUCACCAAGUGAGAAAGAAGUACACUAUCCAGCUCGGCGAGAACGAGCUCGUCCUCAAGGAGUUGGAUCUGCUGAACGAAGAUGCAAAUGUCUACAAAUUGAUCGGUCCGGUGCUUGUGAAGCAGGAUUUGGCAGAGGCGAAUGCGAAUGUGCGGAAGAGAAUUGAAUAUAUCUCUGCUGAAUUGAAACGACUUGAUGGAACUCUUCAAGAUUUGGAGGAGAAGCAAAAUAGCAAGAAGGAUGCGAUGUUUAAGUUACAACAGAGGAUUCAAUCUCUCCAGGCUGGAAAAGCCAAGGCUUAGUUUGCUUUCCCGCUAAUGUUCGAGCUUUAAUGUGUUUAUAAAUCUCUGUGGAGGCUUGGAUGUAGUUACUUGUUUCUAUUUGAAGCUGCAUUGCCAUUACAAACCCUUAUUACUGUCACUAGCAACUGUGGGAUGUUAAAUUUUUUGUACCAAUUAUCGAUUUCAUUUUUGUUCUGGCUA